UCCAUAUAGUCUCAUAUUGUCAUUAUUCCGAGAGUAAGCAUUAGAAUAGUCCUAUAACUUGACAGCUCCUUUGUUUAUACCAUUGCUGAUGCCAGUUUUCUGUUCCUGAAAUGUGCUGCCAGCUUGUAUAUGUCCUGGCAAAUAAGGCCUUCCUGUGGAUGAGGUCUUUAAUGCCAUUGUUGAAGGAUGGGAGGAGACACCCCUCAUUGAACAAGCAAGAAGAGAGGCAUCACCUUCUAUCUUGAGGUAUGCGCACCAUCAGUUGACCCAUCUACCACUUCUCCUUCUGUGUGUGUGCCGAUGAAAAUUCUUUCAGGAACUAGAGCUCAUUGCUCACCUUGGUUUCUUGUGCUUUUGCAUUUGAAGGGCUUCAGCUGGUAUCUGUGCACAACAUCCACUGAUGGCUUACAAGAUGAAAGGGGUCUUCAAGGGCCUCAGGAUUAUUACUCAAAUCUUUGUGGUGAAGGAGCAAGAGAUGGAGAUUGGUCAUCCCAUAGACGUGAAGCAUGUCGCGCAUAUCGGUUGGGAUAGCCCGACACGGAGUGCUGCUACUUCUCCUACUCCUAGCUGGAUGAACAACAUGAAUGGUACACCGGACGUUUCAACGUUGAGCAAUUCCGGACCAUCUACAGGUACCGCCCGGAGUUCUCAAGAUUUUGACCACCCUCGAGAUAUAUCAGCCUAUGGUAUACCUCCAGAAAAUAGUAGUCCGGGAUCAACACCGUACCCUGACAUACCAAAGCCACCCCGAAAGGCUAGAAGGAAGAAAUCUACCAAGAACAGUUCGCCAACGGCAUCAUCAAGAUCAUCAAGGUCAUCAAGAUCAAGAUCUAAGGGUUCACUUUCAUCCACUACUCCUGACACCAUUGGUGCCAAUGAUAUUCAACGUGAAACCCGGAUUGUGUAGGCUAUCUUGUUUUGUACCCCCUUUCUCAGGAUUAUACAAGUAUUUGAAAAACAACUUUGCAUAGGAAAUAGGAAUACAAGCGUUAUUUAUUAUUUAUUGUUUCAAG